AUGCAGAAAACGACCUACUACGACAACUCGACGCUUUUCGGAGGUUACUCGUACCAAGGGGCCAAUGGCUUCGGCUAUGAUGCUCCUCAACCCGCCUUCCAGUCCGCGGCUCACCUCGAAGGCGACUACCAGAGGUCCGCCUGCUCGCUGCAGUCCCUCGGUGGCAACAGCGCCCCUCCCCAGCAGCAUGCCAAGACGAAAGAGCUGAAUGGCAGCUGCAUGCGGCCCAGCCUGCCACCUGAACACCAACCCCCCCCCCAGGUGUCCCCUCCCGUCAACCCCGCCAAUGCCACCAGCAGCAGUGCCACAGCUACCAGCAGCAGUGCCACCGCGCAGCAGCCGGGAGGCAGUGGUGGGGCCGCCAAAUUAGCGCCCAAGACGUAUACUCUGUCCAACAACCCCACCCUCAACAAGCAGAUCUUCCCCUGGAUGAAAGAGUCGAGGCAGAAUAUUAAGCAAAAAAACAGCUCUCCAAGCGCAAGUUCAGCUAACGGUGUGUGCCCCCCUCCACAAUCCCCCUUACCUUGUUCAUGCCCCUUAUAUACACAUUCAAAGCUGGAUAGCUUAACUACAAUACAGUUACAAUACAUAAUCAUGGAUUUGUAUCUAAUGACGUAACUUAUUAUUUAUAUAUUUAAAGCCUGGGUUUUUUCCUAGUUAGGUCGUUAGGAAAAGCCCUCUAGUCAUAACCAUAUUCAAUUGAUAACUGAGACCUCUAUUAAUUGAACUCACGAAAAAUAGAAGCAGUCAUUCUCUUUAUUGAGUAGCAUUUGAAACAAUUGCAUUAAAACAUGGCAGUGUUUGGCAUAUACUGUAUAUAUUUUCAUCAGACAGAGAUGAUAAGUUUGGAAUCCGAAUGCUCUUGUUUAUUUGCAGAUAAGAGCAAUGCUUAAUCUAAACUGUAGGCUGUCAAAGAUGAUUGAUAUGAACAUAUUGACAGACAAACACACGCACGCACGCACACCAAUUUAAUUGAACCUCAGAUAUGUGUGACACAAUUCAAGUGAAAACAGUUAACGUGCAGCUCCUUCAAAUAUAGUAGGCUACAGUUCUGGCUGUGGGCUUUGUCUAUGAUGCAAUUUACGUACACGGUCAAUGUAGGGUCUCGAAUCUCUUAAUAAAUGCCAAAGUUAUGAAGUGUUGACAACUAAUAUCAAGGGGAUAAGUUUCGUUUCCUGGCCUCUGCUUUAUUAGGAAAUGAUGCAUUCAAUUUCCGCGUGUAGUAAUUAUGUUUUAUUUCAUUCCCACCCCAGCGGAGAGCAGCGGAGGUGAAAAAAGCCCCCCGGGUUCCGCAGCCUCCAAGAGAGCGCGCACCGCGUACACGAGCGCGCAGCUGGUGGAGCUAGAAAAGGAGUUCCAUUUCAACCGUUACCUGUGUAGGCCUCGCCGCGUGGAAAUGGCCAACUUGCUCAACCUCAGCGAGCGCCAGAUCAAGAUUUGGUUCCAGAACCGGCGUAUGAAGUACAAAAAGGAUCAGAAAUGUAAAGGGCUGGGCUCGUCAUCAGGGGGGCCCUCUCCAACCGGAAGCCCACCCCUAACCCAUGCAGUCCUCAGCUGGCUUCAUGAACUCGAUGCAUUCAAUGGCAGGCAACUACGACGCCCCCUCCCCGACCAUCUUUUAACAAGUCCCAUCAAAAUGCCUAUGCCUUGUCCUCAGCCUACCAAAACCCCAUGAAAAGCUGCCCCUCCCAACAAAAGUAUGCCAACACAGCACCAGAAUACGACCCGCACGGGCUACAGGGUAACAGUGGCAACUAUGGGACUCCCAACAUGCAGGGCAGCCCCGUGUAUGUGGGAGGAAACUACGUGGAGUCGAUGCCCACCUCUGGGCCGUCCAUGUACGGCCUCAAUCAUCUACCACACCACCAGGCUGGGAACAUGGACUACAACGGUGCCACGCAGAUGUCAGCAAGCCAACACCACGGACCGUGCGACCCCCACCCGACAUACACGGAGCUGGCAGCGCACCAUCCUUCUCAGGGUAGAAUCCAGGAAGCACCCAAGUUAACUCAUCUGUAG